ACUAGACGAAGUAUAUGAGUAAAUUAUGAUCAAGUGCCUAGUCCUCUUUGCAGCACGUCCUACUUAGAAGUUGCCUGCCGGUUCCGCAAGCGGCGGCGCCGGCGUUGCUCCUCUCGCCCGUAGAUGAUGAGAAAACGCAGACGAAAGGCUUCGAAGAUGACGGUUCUUUGUUCCCGGAGAGCCAAGUCGUUCCCAGCAUCUCUACGUCCCACCGCAUGUGCGACUUCUGUGCAGGGCACGAGCUCUCGGUGCGCCGCACGUGGUUCUUUCAGGACGAGUGUCUUCUCUAUACUCGUCUCCGGUGCACUUGUAGUGACCACGGGCGUGCUGACGAGCCUACCUGGUGGAGCACAGGCGAUACUGCCGGUCGAGCAGCAGGAACAGGUGAGAAGCAGGGGGGCACAGUAUGUUGACACAGGGCUUCUAGUAGAAGCGGAUAAGAACCACAAGAGCGAUCACGUCCACGACGCCGCUGAGAUUCUUUCUGACGCUGAGUUUCUGGACAAGAGUGACAAAAAUCCUCCCGCCGCUGCCGCGCCCAGUAGCUUGCUCCGGAACGAACAAAAGCUUCCUGGUCGUCCGAAUAAACUCGACUCCUUCUUUCUCGCGGAGCCGGAGUCGGAGAAUCAUGCGAUGCACAUACAUAGCACUUCUGGUCGAACAGAGACGCAAGCUCCUUCCAGACCUCGCUUAACAGAUCGAUUUCGCGGGCGGCUUUCCACAGGAGAGGGAGAUCAACCUAGAAGCAACAGCAACUCUGGUGACGGACGAAGUACUUGGAAGCAGGGAGGGACAAAAACUGUGCUGCGAAACUACGAUAAAUACAGACAAGAGAGAACACCAGCGGAUGAAGAAAGUGGUCUUGUGCCUGUAUCUGUCCUCACCGCAAAGGUAGAAGCUCCACCUCGUCCCACUGCUACGGCGCAACUCGUCUCCAAGAGCGUGGUAUUGCCAAGAAGCAGACAGACAAGUAAAGAGAAAGACGACGAUGUUGCCCUCCAGACGACGCAAGCUUCAUUUUCUUCUCUAGUAGAAAAAGUCCGUAAGAUAAAAAACGACACCAGUACUAUAACUUCUCCUUCAUCUCCACGGGGAACAGGAACGAGCCCACACCAGCAGCUAUUUUUCUUCGAAACCGGUAGCAACCCGCCGAGCUACCACUGCUUCGAGAGGUUAGAGGCAGACCAGGCCUACGGCUGCUACGGCAUGCACACGGACGAGCAGGGCUGCAACGCAGACGCGAAGUGCUUUUGGGACAGCGGGAAGGCGGUGUGGCAGGCCUGCAACGAAGGUAGCUAUGAGGACCAGGCCAUGACGACGGUCAGUGCGACCUGUGACGCUUUGUGCACGGACUUCUACAAGCUUUGUUACAACCUCGAAGCUGACCAACCGGCGUACCAGUUUCACGGCCUGCAGUGCCAGUAUGCGACGAACGACGCAUGCAAAACGAAGCUCGACAACUACAAGCAGACCUGCGGGACCACGGCCGGUACGAACGCCGUACAGAACGCAGCGAACUUCGUCGACGGAUUUUUCGCCUUGUGCACAUCUGGAGGAGGGGGCGCUGGUACUAAUAGUGGCAACGGUGAACUACAAAAUACGGGUCCGCCGGCCAAGCAGUGCUGCGUGAAAAAUGAACACAGCACAUACGCGGAGGACCUGACGCAGCACACGUCUUGCAGCUCGCACGCUGACGAGGCGGCCUGUACCGCCGAUGCCGACUGCUUGUACGAGUCCACGCCUCAAAUUUGGUUUUUCUGUAACCAGCACAGCUACGAUGACCAGGCGCAACAAGUGGUCGCGGACUGCGACACAAAGUGUUUAGACUUUUACGAAAAGUGUUGGAAUCUGCAGCGCACGGACCUUUUCGCGAAGACGUUUCCGAACCAGGGCGCAGUGUGCUCGCAUACCGAUGCGACGUGCCAGCAAGCCUUCAUGAGCUGGAGCAACGCAUGUGGUCCGACCGCCACGGCGCACCACAUCGAAGACCCGCAAUUCGUACAAGAUCAAAUCAGCCAUUGCGCGACGAGUGACGCGCAGCAGGGCAGCAACGGGGGGCAGCAGUACAGUGGUGGAGGUGGUGGUCCGCCCCAGGAGAACUCGCAACCAACCAUGAGUUGCUAUGUCACCGAUGAGGUGAAUGCGGACCACGAACAGGCUUGCGGCACGAAACAGGACCAGCAAAGUUGUGUGCAAGAUGCGAAGUGCUACUGGGGCAGCAUGCCGAAAAUUUGGUACCUGUGUGAAUCCGGGAACAAAAAAGCGAGCGCACCGGCCGAGACCAACCAAAAUUGCGACGACAUGUGCACGGAUUUUUUUUCCUCCUGUUUGAAUUUACCCAAAACCGCAACCAUGCAAGAAGCGACGCAGCCCUGCCAAUAUUCUACCGACGCUGGUUGCAAACAAAAAAUCAACUCUUGGAAAAGCACGUGCGGAACUGGGGGCACUGACGCGAUCGCAAAUCCGAUCUUCGUCGACCAAUUUCACCAGAGUUGCGUCCAUGGAGGCGGGGGAGGUGGUGGUAACUACAAUUCCGAAGGACCGCCACCGAAGCAUUGUUUCGUCACCGACGAGGCCAACAAAAGCGAGAAAGCUACGUGCAGAAGCUUGCAGGACGAAACUACUUGCGUUGCCAACGCAGCCUGCUACUGGGACGUGUCCCCGAAAGUCUGGUCCGCGUGUCACGACGAAAACAGUAGUGAGGACUGUAGAGAUUUGUGCAAAGAUUUUCACGUAGUCUGUUACGGCCUGAGCGCCACGGCUUUGGAAGUACAGGCCAUGGACCCGGCCAACCCAUGCCAGUUUUCGCAAACUGCGUGCGAAACACAAGUGAGCAACUACAAAAACACCUGCGGCACCGGAGGCACACCAGCGCCCAACUCAGAUCCGCACUUCGUCGAUCAGCAUUACGAUAAGUGUGCAGCUGGAGGCGGUGGUGGAGGAGCGCAGCAGGGUGGGCCACUGGAGGAGGGCGGUGGAGCACAGCAGGGCGGUAACAACUCCCAACCUCCAGCACCGGAACCAGAGCCAGAGCAGAUGCGCGCCUUCGAGAUGGGAAUGCAGUUUGACGACGGACAAACGGACAUUGACGCGCUUCUGGACGACACGGCGUUCAAGGAUUCCAUCGUAGCCGGGUUGCUGAUACGCAUUGCAAAAGUAUGAGUAUCCGAUACUGGUAGGAAUCACAUGACAAAGUCUUGUGGAAUCUGUCAUGCUAAUUUUGCCUAUACAAAGGAAAGGAAUGGGGUAUAUUGGUCAAGCAUGAAGAUGAUGUUUCUUUGCGAUUAUUAGCAUUAGUACGAGUACGAUACUUCUGCCGUGGAUAGCUGAAGGUGUUCGAGGACGGCGGUGUCACAGACCUGUCGGCGGAGCAGUUCACGGAGGUCGUACUAACAGUAACUUCAGCGACCACUUCCACCGCUGCCACUGCAUCUGCGUCUUCUCUCGCAGCCACAACAGGAGCAACAGAAACUUCCAAGAAAAAAUCAACCUCCACUACGAAGAUCAGCGUGCAGUUUCAAAUUAACUCGACGUCAACCGGUCAGGGCUCAACCCUGAACAACGUGUGGCCCUCCACGCCCCCGUCCCCCAGCGCCGGCGUUGCGGCCGUGUCCCCCCAAACCUCAGCGAUCUACAACACCGUCGUGCAAGGCGUGACGAGCCAGGUAACCGCCGCGAGCAUCCCGGGCGUCACUGGUGUGGUCGCCGCAACCGCCGUGCCAACGUCGACAGACCCGCAGUAUUCCCCGCUUGGGCAUGGCAAGGCAGGAAGCGGCGGGCAACCAAAGGCUACGCCGAAAGUUUUUUCCUUCAACGCACCGCACCCGAUGACCAAUGGGAAAGCGAAGAUGCAGAUGCAGGACGGGUUUAAUUUAGGGUGUCUUCCCGGGGUCCGGGUGUACCCUAUCGAGUUAGACGCGAACGACCUUGUGAAGCGGACCGAUUACAUGGUCACGAUUUUCAACCAGGCUGGCUCCAGCUACAAACACCCGCUCAUGGACGUGCUCGAGUUCAAAUACGACGCAACCCACACCACAAUCAAGGACAUAAAUUUCGUAAAAUGCAACGAGACCGAACAGUCCGCGAAAGACGUGCCAUACCUCCCAAUGAGUCACGGGACGAUCAAUCAGCAGACCUCGGGGUCUUCCGAUUCCCAAGCAAAAGCCCUCCACGUUCUGCGACCUGAUAAACAAACAGUUCUGACCAAGCUGCAAGCGGUCGCUGCAAAUGACAAUCAUCUUGACAGCGCGACGCAGCAAAAAAUCGCGACUUUCCAAGAACUGGCGAUGCAGGCGCACAAGCCGGCGAACAGCACGGCAUUGAGGGAAACAAAAUUUGGAACCUACAACCUCGUUGGCUGGUAUACACUGUUCACGACCUUCGGCGGCACUGUUUCCUGGCCCGGGGAUCCGGACCACAUUCUACUCGCGCAAGACCCGAGUACCUUAGACUGCGUUCUCGCCUUUUCGGGCCAGAACAACUACGAGACAGAGAUGAAGCAAACACCUGAUGGCGCAGCAGGACAAAAGUCACAAAACAGCUACGGUUCCGGCGUGGAUCUCUGCGGCACGGGGCUGCACGUGCAUCAGGAGCAUGCGGAGGAGAUGGUGCGGCUGACAACCUGCGGGAUCCCCCGACUCGGCGCACUGCUCUCCAGCUGCGCGAGCAUUGAAGUCACUGGGCACGGGUUGGGCGGGGCGGUGGGGGACUUUUUCUACUACUGCGCGACCAAUGGGGUGGAGGGGAAUCGGGAGUUUGAUUUGAUCAAGAAGUAUCUCCCCUUUGUCCGCACUCCGGCCGCCUUACCCAAGCUGCAGUUCUCCGACCACGUGGCGGAGACGGUAACCGCGAAGAGUCACCAGGACAUGCUGAAGCAGUGCGAGGGCGACAAGGACAAAAAGCCGAAUAACGGAAACAACAAUCAGAAUCAGAACCAGGUUGGCCUUCAGCCGCAACAACCCCCACCGGACAAGUGUUGGGUGAAACUGGAGGCGUAUGAGAUUUUUGCAGAACUCGUCCCCCUGCUCCCCCUCGUUUGGAGGGCAUGAACAGCAAGACAAACGCCAGCACCACAUGGUGCCUGUGCAUGAAAAGUUCAUAUGCGACGUCCAGUGAGGUAUUGUUUGGAUUUGGGGUGCUACUUCCGGAAUUUUUCAUGUAAGCAAUGCCAAAAUGAGUCCUCUGUUCGUGUAUCAGUAUCUGGUGUUUUGCCUCAAAAAGUUGGGCUGAGGAAAGGAGCUGCGCUCUCUCAUACGACGAACGAAGCGUACCACAGCACCUGUCAAAACAAGCAGGACGAAAGCGCUUGCACCAACGACGUAAAGUGCUACUUUGACAAGAGUCCGAGAAUCUGGCAGGUCUGUAACCAGGAGAGCUUGAAAAAAUCCAUGUUGCAAGUUGUCGCGGUGAACCAACUCUGUGACGACAAGUGCGUUUCGUUCUACACCGCCUGCUUCGAUUUGACAAAGAUGGACAUGGAAUCGGACAGCAUGGAGCGCGAGUGCAAGAUUUCCAGCGAAGCCUGCCAAAAGCAGCUGGAAGAUUGGAAGACCACCUGCGGGACCGGCGGGGCGGAGGAAGUAAAAGACCCAGACUUCAUCCACGACCACUACGACACUUGCGUGAAGGGAGACGCUGCCGCGCAGAAUUUUUGCUGGGUGCGACGUAAAAAGGAUUGGCUCAACGGCCAAACCUGCGGUCAGUUCAACACGGACAAGAAGAAGUGCAGGGACGUCGAAGCUACGCUCUGCAACAGUAGUAUUUCAUAGUUCAAGUUCUCAUUGCUCCUCGUAAUGACUUCUGACUGCAGUCGUGUUUAUUAAUUUUCUCUUUAGCAGGUUCUUGCAUUCAGCAUUCAGGAUGCUGCGAUGAAGUAUUUGGUCCUUUGCUAUGUUGUCUUCCUUCGCCACGGCCAGGAGGAGUGCGGAUACUUAAACUACUACAACUACUUUUGUAAAAGAAGUGCAUAGAAAACCAGAAGUGCAUGUGGGAGCCGAAGUGGGCGGUGUGGCAGGCGUGUAACGACAUGUCCGAGAUCCAUGACAAAACGCUCGCCGCGGCGGUCAUUGGGGGCGACGUGGAUGAAAAAUGCUGGACGUAUUGCAAAAACUUCUUCAGCAAGUGCUACCCAAUUUUAACGAUCAACGCCCCGGCGAUAACCGAACACGAGAAGUGCCUGCACGAGGAAACCUCGUGCGCGGAAGCCAUGACGGAGUGGGUCUCGGAGUGCGAGAAGAUGCCGGGAAGACUGUCCGACUCCGCAAAAAUGUCCAUCCAGGAACACGCCGUCGACUGCGAUUACUACGCCGGCAGCGACGAUACACUGAAGCAAUUUUGCCGCUACGAACCGGAGGGGAUGUGCCGCAACUACUGCCAGGCCACCUGGAUGCAGUGCUACUUCAAUGCGGACGUGGAUCCGAAUAUCCACAGUCAAUUUAUUCCCGUACUUCACGACGUACAGAUGCUGUCUCUGCAUGACAAAGCUUGCCUUCGAAGGUCCUAGUUAGCAUGACAUCAUUCAAGUGGAAAGAUGCCCCAAGUUCGCGAAAUUAUUUGUGAUGCGUUGUAUAAUUGUACAUGAUGUGUGGGAAGUUUACUGUAGGUACCGAAGGACGAGCAAGCGAUGCUCGAUUCCGGGUUGCUCUACAAGCCCGUGCCCAAGAACACAUGGUGUCCCGAGUACACGCCCCAGUGCUAUUGCAAGCUGCGGGACUGGGCGGUAGCGGCCGGCGGGAAAUGUGUGUACGCAGACUAUGACCUGCAGGUGCACGAGUCCUCCCUGGCGUCCAUCCCCUUCACGUUUGGUUUCGCGGUAUGGUAAUUGCAAAAGUUGGGAUCUGAUAGUGCGACUCUUUCUCUUUGUCGUGUGCACCGCAUGACAAACUUUUUUUGCAAGAACAAGAGGGAAAACACAAUUAGUGAUGCGUACUGAAGUAGAUGCAGUACGUGCGGUGCAGCAGAUUUGUAAUGCAGUUCCGCGAUGAAAAUAAAUACGAGAGUAGCGCUAGUAGCGACACCAGAACUUCUGCAAUCGGUUGAUAUAUGGAGAAUAUGAAAGAAAACUGCGACAAUUUCGACAACAACGGGCCCUACAAGCUGGCGAAGUUGAAGGACUUUUCCCAAUGCUCCCUCAGCGUGCACGCGCGAAAUUUGCGGACGGCAAAAGAGGGCGAAGUGGGUCCUGGGGGAAUUUUUUACUCUCUCAACAUGAUGCAGAACUUCGUGAAAAAAAUGUUUCUCGGCAGCGGACAGGACAAAGACGAAGGGUGAGAAGGAAGAUGCUGGAUUAGGUGAAGGAGGAAGGCAUGGUAGGAAGCUGAGGAGCCGCGCUACCUUCUUGUUUAUCGAUUCAAAAUAGUGGCUGUUUAGCUGAUGUCCAAGUUGUAAGGCAAAAAAUGAGUUUCCGUUUCGAAGCGACAACUUGUAGACUUUUUUUCAAAUUUUUCAAGGCCGAAGCCUUAGUACUCGUCGAAGUCGACGUCCAACGAGGAUCAAACAGUUCAAUAUGAAACGACUUGUCUUCACGACACAAAGAGGUUUCGUCCUAAGUUUAGCCAAGUAUUUCUACGCACCUUACUAAUAUCAAAAGGAAAAGCAAAAGCACUAUCGUAUCGACGGCCGUCGAUACUUCGUCACUCCCAAGGAAUAUGUCGUUGUAACUUGGAGGGGGUUCACAAGCCCAAGUAAUAGCACAAGAAACAUUUUCAAGUUUAUUGCUACGGCUACGCGACAGGAGCAGGACGACAAUUCGUUUGGAAACGCUUGUUUUGUAAAUAAUGUGGAUGAAGAAAGCCAAUAUCUAAAUCUAACCGGGGAAUGCCCUGUAUAAAUGGAGAAAAUGUUGCGCCCCUCUCUGUAACUUCGUUCAAAUAUCGACGUAAGCAAGACGGGUCGUCGUG